AUAUCAUUAUCAAUUUAUAUUUUUAUUCCUAUAUUUGCAGAUGGGAGGUGAGGAUGUCUAUGUGUGUUAUCAUGAAAGUGACAACAAGUUUGCACAAUUUCUAGCUGAUAAUUUAAGACAAAAUGGGUUGGGAGUGUGGAGACCCAACACCGAUGCCCCCUCCAGCAAAGGCAAAGCUCUUGUCGAUGCCAAGGUCUGUCUUGUGAUCUUGAGCGAGGCUUCCCUGCAGGAUAAAUCAUGUGAAGAUGCAAUUUCUCUGGCAUAUAUAUCUGAUAAACCUGUCUUCCCUGUAGCCAUCAAAGCAUUCCCAGAUCUGGAAAAGAAUCUCACCUUCUCCAUGAGGCUGAUAUUGGCCAAACUGAACUGGGUGUUCUUCAUACCAUCCGAGGACUCCUCCGAGUACCCCACCCAAUCCCUGCCUGUCCUCAUUUCAUCCAUGAAGCGGGAGAUAGAAGCAGUCUCGCAACGUGACAAGCCCCAAGCUGGAGAUAUCGAAGGUAAUCUCGAGGGUGGUGGUUCAUCCCAACGAGCUUUCUACAAACGAUGGAACAGCGUGAAAGAUGACGUAGAGCAGAUUGAUUUCUGGGAGGAGAACUUUGGCAGUGCAAAAGAAGUCACAUGGAUCAAAUUCAGGGAAGCUUUCCUGGAUGUCUAUGAAGAACAGAUCAAUGAUCAAAUUACAUCCAGCAAUACCCAAUGGAUCAUCAAUAUCCUGUAUGGAGAUGUCCUGGAGCUUAAAAAGACUGUAUCAAAGAAGAUGUACGAUGAUUUCUGUGGAGACGCAUCCUGGGGUCCUGAUCGAUUCUUCCUACGUCUCAUGGAUUACGCCAAGGGGACUAUCGCUAUGAGAGGAGUCUUUAACAUGAAGAGUACUGUCAGACUUGAUGCUGUCCAGAACCUUGGUCAGUUCCGUACUGCACCGGUGAUAACAUCUCUUCUCUCUUUACUUGAUGACAAGGAUGCUAAUAUGAGAGCUGUAGCAGCCAUUGCUUUAGGAAAGACAGAGGUGAGAAGCAAACGGGUCGUGACUAAGCUGAUCUCUAAACUGACGGAUGAAGAUCGUUUGGUGAGAGAGGCAACAUGUUUAUCCCUUGGUCAUCUCAAAGCCAAGUCUUCAGUGCCCAAGUUGGUUGAAAGAUGGAGGAGCGAUGUGAUAUCAGAUGUGAGAAAAUCAGCAGAGAUUGCACUGGAGCAGGUGGGUUCCGAAGAAUCCCAGAAUGCACUCCGGAUGACGUACCUGCUCUCCCAGGAAAUGACUAAACUUGAAGCGGAGGAUGUGAGCUAGAUAAGAAGGGAACAAGAUAAAGUAGGCUGAUAGGGGGGGGGGAUUGGAAGUAGUACUAAAUCCAAAGUUUUGAAUCCAGUUUUGUCCCUGAAAACAGGGGUGGCCAGAUUUCCCACACACUUGCAGCGCAGCAAUCACCCUUGAGUAGCGGGCAACAAUUUUUGAGAUUUUGGAAGGGGCAGUUUGAUAGAGUUAUUAUGAAUUCUUAUUUGCAGAUAAUUUGUAGGUAAUUUACAUGAAUUCAUAAACUAACAAUAAAAGAAAAUACAGCCUUAUCAACGUCUGUAAUUGAAAAUGCAGAUAUAUCUUUACAUUAAGAAUGUCUUUCAUAUUCUGCCUUCAUCUCAGUUUUUGUCUUUUUUCAUGUGAAUUUAACUAAAUUCAUUUGCAAUAUUGCACUUAUGCUAGUACUGCAACUAUACUGCAAGAAUCCAACAAUAUCAUUAUAAAUCAUAAUCAGAUCAUAUAAACCAUGUAUUCAAUAUUUUCCAGUCAUAAAGAAGGCAAUAAAUAUACAUACAGAUGGAAUUUCUUAUCCAUGUUGAUAUUCCUUUGUAAGACUUUCAAUCAUCACUUUCUCAGAAAUUCUUAGCCAUUUGCAACAUUUAGCUUGCCUGUAAUUUUGCUUAGAUUAGUUACUGCAUAAAUGCACCGAUUAAAUAGUGCGUUUUGUAUAAAUAAUAUGAAAAAAGAUUUAAAAAAUUGAAAUGUAGUCUUGGAAUAAUUUCUUGGUUAUAACUUGUUCAAAUUAUAUCAACCUAUAAGCUAUUAUAUAUAUAUUCCUGAUUUAUAUAUUCCUCAGUAUCUGGUAUCUUGGUCUGUUGAAGUGCAAUAGAUAAUAGAGUAGUUUUGUAUAUUUUGCUAUUUUGGGUUUUUUCACAUAAAGAUAUGUUGUGUAGUGCGAAGAGCAUUGGUGGUUAAUUUCCAGAAGGUUUUUAAACCGAUUGUAAAAUAGCUGUUUGAACUUGCAUACCAUU